ACCACCCCUCUCAGCUACGCAGAAGAUUCAGAUUAAUUGAUCACACCUUGAGAUAUUUCUCCCAAUGUCAAAAAGGAAACAAAUUGACAGAUGUCAAGAAGUAUCAGUUCGUACUGAACUUGUACCUCAGAAACUAAUCAAUACUUUGAAGCAAGCUCUGCAAGACUCCAUCAACAACGCUGAAGAGAGUGAGCAGCAAAGCGUCAAACAACAAUGGACGAAAACAUAUGCAACAAAGAACAAAACUGUGUACGAAUAUAAAGAAGAAAUUCCAACUAUUUCAAGUUAUGUAGACAAAAGUCAACAUAAUAUCCAACCAACUGUAGUGGAAAAGAUUCGGAACCUUCCACAAUGCUACUCUUCCAAUAACAUAGAUAGCAAGUAACAGAAUCAUGGAUUUUUAGAAUCCCUACAGUGCAAAUAGAGGUCAUUCAGCCCAUCAGGUUUACACUGACCCUCAAACAGCAU